AUGGAUCUUGAAGUACUCAUUAAUGGCUUACCCAAUUUGAUGUAUUUGCCUAUAGGUUGUCCUUGGCUUAAAGAAAUUGAUGAUGCAAAGCAAAGCCAUGCAGUUGCACUAAUGCUUGCAGAAAGGUUAAUCAGAAGAGAAGAUUGGAGCCACUAUGUGCAUACAGAGGACAAAGAUCAUGAAGGCAGCCAGUUCGGGAUAUCAUCAGAAAAGAAAAAUAGUAUGCCAGAUCCACUAAUACAAGCAACGAGACUGGGCAUCAUUGAGGUAGUUCAGGAAAUCCUCCGUGUCUACCCUGAAGCUGCAUAUACCUUCGAUGGAAAAGGAAGGAAUAUACUGCAAAUUGCAGUGGAGGAGAAAAAAUGGUUCUUGUACGACUACUUGAUGACUAGUAGUACUAACAUGGACAUGAUGCUAAGUGAUAUUGAUCACGAAGGAAAUAGCAUUAUACAUCUCGCAGCACGCCUGGAAUCCCCUCCCAGCACUCCCCCUGGAGUUUUUCAGCAAAUGAUGUGGGAAUUCCUCUGGUUUAAGCGGGUUCAAUAUGACUGUUAUCCAUAUCUCUGGGAACUACAAAAUUUUGAUGGGAAGACAGCAAAACAAUUAUUCGAGACGAAACAUGCAAGCCUACGUGAAAGUGCUGAGAAAACUGUGAAAGAAUUGGCCAACGCUGUGUUGAUUGUGUCUGUCCUCAUUGGUACCAUAAACUUUGCUGCAAUUUUUACUGUACCUGGAGGUUUCGAUCAAACGACUGGAGAGGCCAUUUUUCUCAAGAACCGGCCCUGGGAAUUCGGCUUGUUGAUGUUCUACUUAGCUGCAGGGCUGUUCUCCGCUCUGUUCACCAUGGGGCCUCUGCUUGUGAUCAUCUUUAUGCGAUUCGAAACUGAGGAUUUUUAUGUUUCCCUGCCCUUCUACUAUGUGACGGUCGUCAUUGCCUUCUUCAACUCUGCGGUCUUCACAAUCGCAGCAGCUGGUCAAGCAUUACUAGUGCAGAAAGUCGUGAUUACCGACGACAGGCUCCUCGUGGUGGUGAUCUUCUUUAUCUCUUGUCUGUUGGCCCUUGUGCUCAUGGACACAUCAUAUCUGAUAUUCGACUAUGUGUAUUACCAAAUUCGUUAUUGCCUUUGUUAUAGAGGGCUAGAAUCCUAAGCACUGCCCUUGCUUAUUCAUGUCAAUUUCGUGCAGACUGAAAAAGUUUGAGCAAGUUUGUGAGGAACUUUUGCAUGUCAU